UGUACAUUAGCGCGGGGUGAAGAGGUCCAAAGUUGAAAAGUUAACAGCAGGACACGUUUCAAUCAGCUUUGACAUGUCUGAAGUGAGCAACCAGCUGCCCAAAGACCCCAUAUCUGCAGUUGGAGUAAUCACUUCCCUCAGUAAGGCCCCUGAAGGCUACUAUGUUGUUGCACAAACAACAGAUGGCUCUGACGCUGACCUGUGGAAGGACGGCUUAUUCAAAUCCAAGGUCACUCGCUACCUUUGUUUCACCAGAAAGACUGGGGCUGACGUUGUUGUGGACAUGAAGCUGAUUGACAUUAAGGACGCGUUGCCAGAGGGCUUCACACCUGUGGAAGAAACAUUGGACACAAAGGAAACUGCCAUGAGGAAGAGGAGGCUCUGCGUGAAAAUCAUCCCUCGUUCGGCUGCUGUGACGGCUGUGUGUGACAUCCAGAUCGUUGCCAAGUCCAAGUACCAUCUUGUUAACUACACCAGUAUAGGUGAGAUCAACAGUAUGUUGAUGUGGUGCCGAAUGGGUGACGCUCCUCAGCAUCAGUCGUCCCAGGAAACGUCCAGUGAAGUUGACAGUGCCGCUCCAGCCAACACAGUAAGGAAGACCCCGACCCGGCAGGACUCUGAGCCCCAGAGCAGUGGGAACUACACCAUGACUGCUCUGGACGGCGUGCCCUUUUUCAUCGCUGAAAAGUUUUGUGACAAUCCCAAAGAGAUGCAGCAAGUCAAUUUAAUGGGCAUUACGAUCAAAUCCCUGGCAGAGAUCGAGGAGGAAUUUUACUACAACUUCAGCACAGAGCGGAGCAUCGCUGUGUGACGCUGCGGUCUCACCCUGCCAGACAGACACACAACGACUGAAACACUACUGACUGAAAGGAUCAUGUGAAUACUUGUAAAAUAAUUUAGAAAAAAAACACUACA